CUGACGUCAUCACUGGCUGCCCUGGCCGCUUUUCUCGUGUGUCCUUCCGCUCGAUCACGAAAAAAAAAAAAAAAAAAGAAUUCCGGCCCAAGUAGGAAGGCUCUCGGUGAGCGGUGUUUCACGCGCCUCCACUCGCGGCUUCUGCGUUACCUCCGUGUCCCGAUUCCACUCACGCUCCGUCCAUCGCCUUCACGGGACGCCUUUCCCGUCUGCUUCGUACAGAUCCUUCCGCACAGCCGCGGUGCUGCGGCCCAUCAGCCGCCAUUUUGGGUGUCCCGGAGCCGAGGAAAUAGCAGCAGCACCGGGCGGGUCCACACUCCGGUGGUUCCACGCUGCACUCCACUCCUCUUCCGCUCGACCUGUCUGGAUUGCUGAGUUGGUCUUGUAUGACCCUCCCCUGUCAAGAUCCCAUUCACCAGAAUACAAAGCUUCUUGGGGAGGGGCGUCACCCUUCUCUGAGCCUGAUUUAGACAGGGGAAGGGUGAAGAGGAGAGUGUCGUGUAACUUGGGGCCGAUGGACUUGUUGGAGACACUGUCAGACCUGGCAAGUGAAAAAUGGAAGAGGAUGCCGGCCCCUAUCAGACUGCGGGAGCUGAUCCGCACCAUCCGGACAGCACGCACACAAGCUGAGGAGCGGGAGAUGAUCCAGAAGGAGUGUGCCGCCAUCCGCUCAUCAUUCCGCGAGGAAGACAACACAUAUCGCUGCCGCAAUGUGGCCAAGCUGCUAUAUAUGCACAUGCUGGGAUAUCCUGCUCAUUUUGGUCAGCUGGAGUGCUUGAAACUCAUUGCCUCUCAGAAAUUCACAGACAAGAGGAUCGGUUACCUUGGUGCGAUGCUCCUGCUGGACGAAAGACAAGAUGUGCACUUGUUGAUGACCAAUUGCAUUAAGAAUGACCUGAAUCACAGCACCCAGUAUGUGCAGGGUUUGGCCCUGUGCACAUUGGGCUGCAUGGGAUCCUCGGAGAUGUGCAGAGACCUGGCAGGAGAGGUAGAGAAACUUCUGAAAACGUCCAACUCCUACCUACGUAAGAAGGCUGCCUUAUGUGCCGUUCACGUCAUCAGAAAGGUCCCUGAACUUAUGGAAAUGUUUUUACCUGCAACGAAAAACCUGCUGAACGAGAAGAACCACGGAGUUCUGCAUACCUCCGUGGUGCUCCUGACAGAGAUGUGUGAGCGAAGCCCCGACAUGUUGUCACAUUUUAGGAAGAAUGAGAAGCUUGUUCCUCAGCUAGUUCGUAUCCUUAAGAAUCUCAUAAUGUCCGGGUAUUCUCCAGAGCAUGACGUGUCUGGCAUCAGUGACCCUUUCUUACAGGUCCGGAUACUCCGACUUCUCAGGAUUCUUGGUCGAAAUGACGAUGACUCAAGUGAAGCGAUGAAUGACAUCUUGGCGCAGGUUGCAACAAACACAGAAACCAGCAAAAAUGUUGGCAACGCCAUUCUGUAUGAAACGGUCUUAACUAUCAUGGACAUAAAAUCAGAAAGUGGCCUGCGGGUUUUAGCAAUUAAUAUUCUGGGACGGUUCUUAUUAAAUAACGACAAGAAUAUUCGCUAUGUUGCUUUGACAUCCCUACUUAAAACUGUACAGACGGAUCACAAUGCAGUCCAGAGACACCGCAGCACCAUUGUCGACUGUCUGAAGGACCUGGACGUCUCCAUUAAGAGGCGAGCCAUGGAGCUUAGCUUUGCAUUAGUGAACGGCAACAACAUCCGGGGUAUGAUGAAGGAGCUGCUUUAUUUCCUCGACUCCUGUGAACCAGAAUUCAAAGCGGAUUGUGCAUCAGGCAUCUUCUUAGCAGCAGAGAAAUAUGCUCCUUCAAAGCGGUGGCACAUAGACACAAUUAUGAGAGUCCUCACUACUGCUGGAAGCUACGUGCGGGAUGAUGCAGUACCCAAUUUAAUUCAGCUGAUCACUAAUAGCAAUGAGAUGCAUGAAUACACUGUACAGAAACUCUAUAAAGCUAUUCUGGAUGAUAUCUCCCAGCAACCUCUGGUCCAGGUGGCCUCGUGGUGUAUAGGAGAGUAUGGAGACCUGCUGGUAUCGGGCCAAUGUGAAGAGGAGGAACCUAUACAGGUCACAGAAGACGAGGUUCUGGAUAUUCUAGAGAAUGUUCUUAUUUCUAACAUGUCCGCAUCAGUUACACGAGGCUUUGCACUGACGGCCAUUAUGAAAAACUCAACUAGGUUCAGUAACACUGUCAACCGCAUUAAGAAGGUGGUUUCUAUCUAUGGGAGCAGCAUUGAUGUGGAGCUUCAGCAAAGAGCUGUGGAAUAUAAUGCUUUAUUCAAGAAGUAUGACCACAUGAGGCCUGCACUUCUGGAGAGGAUGCCUGUAAUGGAGAAGACCAUGACCAAUGGACCAACAGACGUAGCGCAAACGAAUGGUGAAGCGGAACCUGGAAUCAUAGAUACCAAACCAGUUCCGUCUACUCAACCGCCAGCCAGCCAGGCCAACGAUUUAUUAGAUCUAUUAGGAGGAAAUGACAUUCAGCUGGUUAUACCCACUGCACCACCUCCGAAACAGUCCACUGUGGGAGGAGAACUUCUAGAUUUACUGGGCGAUCUAAAUCUUGGAGCUCCUCCAGCACCUGUCCCUCAGAUGCCUGCACCCCAGCUCUUACUAGAUGGACUGUCAGGCCAACCUCUCUUCAACGAAAUAUCAGGUAUUCCACCCAUCACUGCUUACAACAAGAACGGCCUGAAAAUAGACUUCAGCUUUGAGCGGUCCAGCACAAACGCCAGUGUGACUGUGAUUACAACUCAAGCGUACAACAGCACAGACGGCGAGAUGACCGACUACGUGUUCCAGGCGGCUGUACCAAAGACGUUCCAGCUUCAGCUCCUAUCCCCGAGCAGUAAUGUCCUUCCACCCUUCAAUGCUGGUAGUGUCACGCAGGUCAUUAAAGUUCUCAACCCCCAAAAGCAACAGCUGCGUAUGCGGAUCAAGCUGACCUACAACCAUAAGGGCUCGGCUAUGCAGGACCUUGCCGAAGUGAGCAACUUCCCUCCUCAGUCCUGGCAAUAAGACGGCGCUGCGUCUCCUCUCACCCUCCCCACCCAAGAUGAAGGAACUCUGGGCUGGAGCCAAUGCCCUUGGAUUGCCAACGAUUGCACUUUGGGCCUUGGGGUAGCUGAAAAGGUUGAGGGACAUUCUGCAACCGAGUGAAGCAAUGAACACAAGGCAAGGACACUGCUGCCUCUCUCCUCCUCAACGCAAGAGGGAGCAGCCUGGCCUCCUCCAACCCUUCCCGCCCGGGAAUAAGAGCUGAUUUUCCCAGGCCGGAUCUCAUGGGAUUAUUUUUUUUUUUUUGUGUUCUUCUCCCCCCCCCCCCCCCCCCCACAUUUUCUCCUCUGUACAUUCCUGCAGACAUGUUCCCACUCAGACGCCUUCCAGGCUCCUUUCUUCACCUCUCUCUCUAGAACGGAGAGAAGCUCUUGUUUUUAGAAUAAACAUCCUAAUCCGAGGAACGAAUCGCCGCUCCCUUCAUUCUUCCGGAUACUUAAUGCCCCUCCAAAAAAAGUGCUAGUUCUGCAGCCUAAACUUUAAGCCCCCCCCCCUGAAUCUGCCGCUCGGCACCUGAUAGUAACUUCUUUGUAAAUUACUACUGUUAAUCUCUUGCAAUGAGCUGUGUCCAGGUUACAGCGCCUCCCGCAGGUUGCAUCGGGUCAUAGGGCAGGGAAGUAGUGAACGCUACAGAGGUGGCCUGUCCUGGAUCUCUGUAGAUUUGUGGUACUGAAGCCGUGACUUUCAGUAGGUAGGAUGCACAGAUGUAAAGGAGCUGACUAUACAGUAUCUGAUUUAUAUAAAUAUAUAUAUUAUUUUUUAAUUUUUUCGUUAGUUGCAGCUGCUAAUUUCUUAAUCAUUUGUAGAUUUUGCUGGGCCUGCUAAGGGGACGGGAAAAGCGGCGUCGCCCCUCAAAUGAAAUUAUUCUGUAAAUAAUAAGGGGGACGGGGGUGACGGCAGCUCCGACGUUCUCACGGGAGGCCCUAGCUGGGAAUGAUCCGCCCGCCCCUCUCUGCCGUUAGGCCGCAGGCCUGUAGAAACGGUUUCGCCGGUGAAAUGAGCUCGGAUCAUUCGUUAAAGAACAAAAGCAGCAGCGGCAAGAUACAAAAAGACAAACU